AUGGGUGUCGACGCCGAGGAACUAAUUGUCCGGCCGUUUCGCGAGGUCGUCGAGCGCGGCAACGAGGCGAUCCAGAAUGCCGAGGCCGGCGAGGCGGACGAUGCCAGCAGCGUCGACGGCAGCGUGCUGGCCGACAUGGCCAAGGCGGGCCGCGCCGUCGUCCGCGAAGGCGAGCGCGCGCUCAAGCGGCUGCAGCCGGUGUGGGACGGCCAGGUGGAAAAGUACGGCGACGCCUUCAAGGACGCGAUGCUGCAGCAGGACGACAUUGAGCGGCGGCGGCGGGAGCUGGAGGACCUACUGUACGACUUUGAGGACUACACGGAGCCGCGGUCGUUUGACGCCGCCAAAUUCGUCGAGCUGCAGGCGGCCACGCGGUCGUUUGCGCUGGACGUGAUCAACCACACGAAGCGCCUGAAGCUGGAGUCGCCCAAGCGGGCGUCGACGGCGGCGCAGCUGGCGGCCAUUGCGGGCGGCGGCGGGUCCGCGGCACGUGGGACGGCCUCCCCCUUGUCCACGCCCACGACGGCCACCAAGAGCAGCUUCCCGCCCCUGCCGCCGCUGCCCCCGUCCAUGGCCGGCAUCCCUCCGCUGCCGCCGAUGCCGAACCUGGCCUCCCUGCCCCCGAUCAACGUCAACGAGCGCCGGUCACGGGCGUCCCUGCUCAAGAACGGCGGCGGUGGCGCUACAGCAUCUCUGCCGCGGCUCGCCUCGCUGACGUCCCACCCACACACGGCGCGGCCCGACUCAAUGGACGACGGCGACGACCAGCUGUUCGAAGCCUCGACGCCGACGUCCUCGGUGGCCCCCUCGACGGCGCCGUCGUCGAGCCGUGCGUCACUCGCCCACAGCAGCCUGCGCCGCGCCAACACCAAGAGCUCGGUGGCGACCAGCAUGUCGGGCGCGUCCACGCGGGGGGGCAUGCUGUUUGACCACGCCGAGCGCUACCAGCUGUACGACCAUCCCGAGGGCCAGGGCCAGGGCCAGGACGAGCGGGGACACGACGACAGCGAGAGCGUGGCCCCGGGCGGCGGCAAGCGGUCGACGCCGCCGCCGCCGUCGAUUCCCCGCACGUCGGCAUGGGUGAGGAGCCAUCAGCAACAUCUUCAACAACUACAGCAGCAGCAGGCACAGACACAGACACCAAGCCAGCGCCUGCGCGCCAGGGCGUCCCGCGACACCGUGGCCACCGACUACUCGUACGACGGCCCGUUGAUGCUCUCGCGGUUCAACUCGCUGACGGUCGACGGGUCCGUGCGGUCGGCGUCGGCCACCACCAGCGCCACAAGCGCGACCACGGCGCCCAGCCCCGUCCUCGACUCCGCGGCACGGUCGUCGUACCUCUCGUCGGCGCCGACCAGCUACACGUCGUCGCCGAUCCUGGCGCUGGGCGAGGCAGACGGUUCCGAUGGUGCCGGUAUGAACAACAUGAACAACAAGCCCACAUCGUCGGGCCCGGCCCCCUUUGUUGCGCCGCCCAUUGCGGCGCUGCCCCCGCCGGCACUGUCGGCGGCGCACGGCCACGGCUCGUCGCAGAGCAUCCAGGACUUUAUCAAGUUUGCGCCGUCGCCGCCCGUGCCGCCCAUCAGCCUGCCGCUGUCGCCCAAACACCUGCCGCGCCGCGGACGCGGCGACGUGGACGACGACGUGGACGCCAUUGAUGACGACGACGAUCACGACGUGCACGGUGGUGGUGAUGAUGGCGGCGGAGACGAUCCGUUGAUGCGGGAUGCCGAGCUGGACGACCUGGAAGAGCAGAUUUACCAGCGCCCGGGAUCACGGCAGCAGCCUUUCCGGCACGACCGGCACGACCGCAUCAACACCAAGCGCACAAUGCAGCCCGACGUGCGGGACGCGACGACAGCAGCGGGCGACCGGCCGAUGUCGCGGCAGACGACGAGACGGUCCUCGAUCGCCACACAGCCGCAGACACAGCCACACAGCCGCCCACCGGCCACGCCCGAGACCAUCCUGGACCACGACCUGCACGACCUGCCGUCCCCGUCCGGCAUGGCCUCCCCGAAUCUGCCACCGAGCAUCCCGUCGGGCAUGUCCGACAAGGUGUUUGACAACGGCCUGAUGGUGGUGGACGAAGAAAAGGACAAGGACAAGGCCAAGGCGGGCGCCGCAUCGGCCGCGGGCGACAACGCGGACGUGCCCCUGACGCGCGAGUUUGUGCGCGAGGCCGAUUGCAGCAUCGGCCCCAAGAGCACGUUUGAGAUGAUGGGCGGGUUCUGCAAGGGCGCCGACCUGUACCGCAGCGGCGGCCACUGGCAGGGCAUCAAGCAGACGGGCGGCUACGUGGCCAACAAGCAGGCGAGCAUUGGCCGGUGCGUCGGCUGCAGCUAUGCGCACAACUACGAAGAGGUCCGCCUGGACAUGGAGAAGAAGCCCGAAGCCACCUUCACCAAAGCCGGCGGCGCGCGGUUCCGCCUCCGGCUCCUCUACAAGUCGCACAUUGCCACGGCCAUCAGCUCGCAGCGGCAGGCCGAGAGCCACUACGCGUGCAUCUUUUGCGUGCACGCGGGCGCGACGGUCCGCGAGGGCGACGCGACCGUGUUCACGACGCCGGACCACCUGCUGCUGCACCUCGCGCGCCACCCGCAGCCGCUGCCGCUGGUGCCGGGCGUCACGGUGCUCUACGGCACCGACUACCAGCCGGCGUCGGCCAGCAGCGUCAGCACGGCCAGCAGCUCGGACCCGGACACCAACAACUUUGACCUGCACCUCGUCAACCCGCCGCUGCCGACGCCGGUGCCGCCCAGCGUGGGCCAGGCGCCCGUGGCCACGGCCACGCGCGAGCACCUGCAGCGGUGGGGCGCCAAGAAGCUGGCGCGGCCGCCCAACUACGGCGGCGACAUGCUGCACUUUUUGGCGGGGGCGCGCGUGGUGGGCGUCAUGUUCCCGGAAAAGUGGGAGGGCAAGUGGUGCAUGGGCUGGCACGACGGGUUUGUGGGCGCGUUCCCGGCCAAGGCGGCGCUGAUGGAGCCGCCGCGGCCGAGCGAGAUUCCCAUGGCCAGCAGCGACAGCGGCAUGUCGGUGACGACGCGCUGGAAGUGGAAGCCGCACGAGGAGAAGGACAAGGACAAGGACGGCAAGAAACAAAAAGGGUCCGGCGACUCGAGCAGCAGCGUGCUCAACGCCGGCGGCGAGGCGUCGCUGUGGCUGUCGUUUGACAAGGGCGAGACCAUCUCCAACGUCAAGUGCCUCUACGCCGACCACUGGUGCUGGGCCGGCACCAACAGCAAGGGCCGCUUCGGCGUCUUCCCCCAGUCGCACAUCCUCACCAAGACCCUGCAGCAGGAGUCCCUGGCGCCGCUGCGGCCCAUCAAGACCGGGGGCUGGUCCGCCAAGAGCAUCUUCAAGGGCGGCAGCAGCGGCGGACGGAGGCCGCCGAGCAGCAGUGCCGCCUCGUCCAUGAGCAACAGCACCGGGCGGACGCGGUAUACGUGA